AUGGCAGGGUUACAAACCUGGGAUCUCCAGCUGUGGAAUGCUGUAGGAGGAACAUCCAAAGUAGCUGAGGUUCAAAACUUUUGCUCUCAGAAUUGGGAUGGAGGCAGUGUGGAGGAGCCUGUGAAACCCCUGCAGAAGGCAGAGAUCUGCUCUGCUGCCAGACUGGGGCAGGAGUUGCCCCUCACUGAGACAUGGGAGGAGGAAGAGGAGUAUGUCACAGCUUCAGAGGACAAUGCAGAGCCCUCAGCUCAGCGUGGGGCUGGCGACUCUGCUGAGGUGGUUCCUCUGCUAAAGAAGAAAGAGAACAAGAGUGAAGCAAAGAAAUAUACGUCCUUCUCUGGGGAACAGGACACUCUGCCUCAUCAAACCGCAGAGUUGCCUGACACAUGUGUUUCUCCUCAGGAAAUCCAACCCCCUGGCUGUGAGGGAGCAAACCCAGGUGCCAGUGGAGAUGCACCUGAAGGCAACAGGAAUUUGACACACCUGGGGAAGGAAGUUGGCAGCCCAGAAGAAGAAAGGCUGAGCCUUACAGAGCAGGGCAGCACAGCCAGGGUGGCUGCCCCAGUUUCCAGGGCCGCAGUCCCAGGGGACAAGGUGGGGGAUGGAACAGCCAGGGGUAAUGUGGAAUGGGGCAGAAGUGCCCCUGACCAGCUGCCAGCAGCCACAGCAGGUUCCCAGGCCUGGGGCAGCAGCAAGGAGCUGCUGCCAGCAGGGCAGGAAGCGAGUCCCUCUGGGCUGCCUCCUGCCAAGGGAGCCCCCCAAAGCAAGCCUGAGACCAAGACCUCCCCUGGGGCUCAGAGCCUGCAGGCUGGGAAGGAGCCCAAGCAGAAAGGGGCCAGUUCCACUGUCAAGCAUGCAAACACAAAAGAGAAAAAUCUAACCCCACAUGCGAAAAUGCCCAACAUGAGUGAGAAGACAAGUUGGAGCCAAGGAGCAGAGGCUGCCAGAAAGGAGAGUGCUGUGGCUGCAGCAGACAGCCCCAAGAACAAAAAGGAACAAAGGAACCAGAAACCUGUGGAAAAGGUUAAAGAAAGUUCUGUGAGCCGCAAUGAGGGUGUUACAGUGCAUUUCCAUGCAAUAUUAUCCAAAGAGUUCAAGCUCCACCGCGAUACCCAUAAAGUGUUCAUCAGGGCUCAGGACAUUCCUUCCUACGCUGACUGGAAGGACAACAUCUGUGAGUUGAACUGCAUCCGGUGUCUGGGAGAACAUGGAUGCCUCAUUGAAGGUGUUGUAACUCUCAGCAGAAAAAUCCUGGAUAAAUAUAUUCCUUACAAGUACUGGGUGAAGGGGGAUUAUGAGUUCAUUUACAAGAAAUCAGUAUCCAAUAAUCCUGUGAAUCGCUGCUUAUUGAUAAACAGUAGACUCCUCAAAAAUGGAGGCAGCCCUGUUGACAGAGUCAUCCAAAAUAAAUUGGCUGUGGGACUCACCAUUCUUGUGGUAGUUGAGAACUGUUCAGUCUCAGUACCUAAAUGUGACCUGGCUGACCUGUGCAGCCUCCUGUGCUUGGAUCAGAUGUCACCACAAGAUGUACAGAAUGAGACUGAUCACAUCAAACAGGCUUUUGCAGGAGUUUCCAACUUGAAGGCUGACCUGACAGACCUUUGCCAGAGGUGCAUUGAACGUGACGUAGACCAGUGGGUGUGGGUCCUUCCCCUUCUGCACUCCUUUGCUGCUCCCCUGCAGCAGGAGCAUGGGCUGGUGGAGGAGGAUGCCUGGGCAGGGCUGGAAGGGCUUCCAUUUGCUGAAACCAGGAGGAAGCAAGAUAGAGGGACCCUGCUGGCACGAAUGAGAGAAAAGAAAUACUUGGUGGAAUUAGAUGGGACUGUGGUCAAGUCCUGGCUCUGUGUGCUGCCCCUGUGGAGCCUGGAUGACUUCAUAAAAGACUUCUGCAAUGACCCGCUAGUUAUUCUUCAAGGUGUUUUGUACAGAUUGGAGAAUGUUGGGCUCUCAAGGGAUAGCUCUCAGGAGGUAGUGAAGAUUCUAAACACAGUGCUGUAUGCCUUGGGUGAGCCCCCAGCCAGAGCUCUGGGGGUUCCUUCUUGGCAGUGCUGUGUGUCCUGCUGCCUCAGGCUGCACGAGAGGCUCUGCAAGGCUACCAGGACAGUGGGGUUGUUCCUGAUCCCUGCCACUGCUGCCACCCUGAUUGCCAAGGUUGCUCAGCUUCAGCCCCCAGCAGUUUCAGGGGAUGCAGUGGAGGAAGUUCCAAUGGAAGAGUUGCUCAGUGGAGCUCUGAAGGAAACUCGUGCCUGGUUCGGAAAGGUUUUACAUCACAAGUUACUGGAGAAGUACCCAGAACACGUGAUUUCUUUCUCCUCUGAACCUGAGGUCUGGGAUGCGUUUGUGAAAAUCAGCUUUCCAGAUAAGAACUUCACCCAGAAAUGGAGGAAUGCUUUACUUGCAGAUCUGAAGAAAAGAAUCCAGCAGGAGCCUCCAGUGAACCAAAUCUUGGUGUACUGUUCUCAGCAUCAGGACAUCUCAAAGAAGGACUCCUCCAUCAGCCAGUGUUUCCAGAGCUGUGCCAUGGAGGCUGUACCUGCAGCUUGCCAGAUGCAGAGCAAUCUCCUGGAGCAGAUCUCUGCCUAUGACAUGGGCCAGUUCAGCCAACUUGUGUCUGCUGUCAUGGUGAACUCGUGGCCAGCCAGGGCUGGGCAGUCUGAGGGGGAUUUUGAUACAAUUCUGCACCACCUGCUCACAUGGCCUGACGUCAAACAUAUCUUCAGCUUUAAUGGAACAAACAGAAACCUUCUGGACAAGCUCACAGAUGAAGCAAAGAAUGUCAUGGCCGUAGCAGACUCUGUGCUUAAAAGUGUCACCGACGACAUCUACAGCGGCUGCAUCCUUGUGAAACACCUGGAGGAGGUUUUUCAGCACCAGGAACAGUUCCUCUGCCUUUGGGAGACAAAUUGCCAGCAAUGGCCAAGUAAGGAAAAGGAGCAAUAUCAGAGAGGCCUGAAAGAAGUGCUGGAAUUGAGGCAUAAAGAAGUCACACAGCUCAGAAAAGAGAAAGAAGAAAUAGGAACCUUCCUGAGAAUGUGCCGGGGGAUGCAGAAGCCUGUGAGAGUGGUUUUAGGUGAGGUGGAAUUUCAACACUCAGUAGAUCUUCGCUCAAAAAGACUGAAACAAGUUGUGAUGGUGGGAAAGAGGCCCCUGCAGACCUUCUACAGCCUGAGUCCAGAGCUGAAAGAGUUUGUCCAAAAAAUGCACUUUUUUAAGAACAGCCUGGUCUUCCAGCAGUUCUGGGAGGAAGCAGUAGAGAAGGUAGGAGAGAAGUAUGAGCAUGUCUCUUCGGAGGAGGACGAGGAGGAGAUUGUUCCUGAGCUGGGCCUUAAUGAUAUUUUGAACAGCGUGAUCCGCCCUUGCUUUAACAGCUAUGAAAAGCUGUAUGAUGAACUCGCAUCAGGAAGUCUCACACUUUUUGCAGUUGAUAGAAUUUUCCAGAGAUUCAGAAAUGAUCCUGAAGGUCUCACAGCAGAGCUGAACGCCAUCUGUGAGCUUCGGCCUGCAGAGAACAGAGGCUGGGUUGAUGAGCGAGUCCAGCAGAUCCAGCGGUACCAUGGAAUGAAUUUAAGCUGUGAGGCUGCCAAGAUCAUUGACCAUGUGAAAGAGAGUUUAGGCCUCUCUGGUGACUUCAGUAUCCUGAAAAACUUGUUGCAUAUCACAGAAAAGCUUGAACCCUACAAGACCCAGAAGCUGGAUUCCAUCAGUCAUGAGCUCAUGGACACCAAGAAGCUGCUGCAGGAGAUCACUGUGCCCCGCCGUAGCUGUCUGAAGGAAUUCGCCCAGCAGAAGGAAUUUGUGUGCUGGGUCAGAGAAGCACUGAAAGACAUAAACGAGCUGAAGGUAUUUGUUGACCUGGCCUCUAUCUCGGCGGGGGAGAAUGACAUGGAUGUGGACCGUGUGGCCUGUUUCCACGGCGCUGUGCAUGGCUACUCCUCCCUGCUCUAUGAGCUCCGCCAGGACUCAGGCUUCGAGGACUUCAUGAGCUGCUUGCCAAAGCUGUGGCGAGCCCUGGACAGCGAUGAGACCCUCCCCAAGAAACUGCGUGCCUCGGCUCAGCACCUGGAGUGGCUGAAGACAGUGAAGGAGAGCCAUGGCUCUGUGGAGCUGUCCUCGCUGUCCCUGGCAGCUGCCAUCAACAGCAGAGGGGUCUAUGUGUUGAGGGCACCAGUUGCUGGCCAGAAGGUCUCCUUGGACAGUGUCCUGCACUUCACCCUCCCAGCAACCUCGGGGGACACUGAGGCCUCCUGGAAGUACUCACUGGCAGAGCUCCGCGAGCUGCAGAACAAACUGAUGCUCAUGUCUGCCAAGGGAGAGCAAGGCCUGGAGGUGGAGAGGUUCUCUGAGGUCUUUUCCAAUGUCCAGAGACUUGCCCAGGCCUUUAUAGACCUUUACUCAGCUGGGAACAUGCUUUUCCGCUCCUGGCUUGCCCAGGUGUAUUGUUCACCCCACAGAGAAUCCUGUGUUCUUAUAGACUUCUCCCUGGGCCCCGUCCCAGUGCUGGAAGGGCAAGGGGAUAUGGCAGCUGUGCUCCCAGCCCUCUGCAAGACCAUGGAGAGUUUCCUGGAGAGCUGGAAACGCUUCAUGAAUGCCAGGCGACGUGAACAUUUCUAUCUGAACUACUACAGCGCGGAGCAGCUGGGGCCCCUGUGCUCGGCGCUGGGUCGGGGGAGACCCAGCCCGGGUGGCCCUAUGAUGCUCUCCUUCCUCAACCCCCACUGCACUAAGCAGGAUGUCCUCACAGCCCUCAGGAGCCAUGGCCCUCCCAGCUCAGGGAAGGCUGUUUCUGACUUCCAAGUGCUGCUGGAUGGGGAGAGGGACCUGAGUUCCCGGCUGAAGCGCAUCUGGGAGUGCUACAUGAGCAGCAUGGGCUCCUUCCUCCCCAGCUGCCUGGACAUCGACACACUGGGUGUGUGGCUGAAGAAGCUGGCCAGCAGUGGCAGGGAAUCUGUCACCAGAGACUUCCCUGAGGACCUGCUCUGUGUGGGCCAGCCCAACCUCAUCACCUGCCCUCGCUCUGAUGUGCUCAGCUCUGCCCUGGCUGUUUACAUGAACAGCCCCAAGCAGCCCCUUCCCACCUUCGAUGAGGUGCUGCUGUGCACGCCCCAGACCAGCGCAGAGCAGGUGGAACUGUUCCUGCACAGGUGCCUCAUUCCCUGCCAGGGUGGGGACAAGAUUUACACCAUGCUCUAUGCAGAUGAGCUGAGCUACGACGUCAGUUGCAGGGCAGAGGAGCUGUUUCAGCACCUGCAGUGCUACAACAGCUCCUACAGGCUCAUCAUCCUGUGCAACUGCGAGCGGGAGAACAGCUACCUGCCCUCUGCCUUCAGCCACUACAGGGUGCACAUGAUUCCCCAGAGGUCACAGGAGGAUAUCCAGCAGUACCUGCAGCACCACUUCCGAGUGGCUCACCCGUCCAGCUCGGCUGCAUCCGUGUUCAAGGAGUGCAUGUGUGUUGGGAUUGUGUCCUCCAAAAGAGCUAGCAUGGGCAAAUCCCUGUAUGUGAAGAGGCUGCAUGAGAGACUGCAAAAAGAUCAGCCUGAGUGCACAGAACUUCUGAAAACCAUCAGACUGAUUGAACCAGAAGUGGAUGAAGAUAAAGUGCUAAAAUCUCUCCUGCCUUUUCUGGAGAGAGAACACCAGACAAAGCCCAUGAUAUUCCAUUUUGAUAUCACCUCCUCAGUGCAGCGUGGAAUUCCAGAGUUUCUCUUCAAGCUGUUGGUUUUGCAGUACCUGACAGAUAAUAAUGGCAACAUGUGGCUACGGCAGAAGUGUCAUCUGUACAUCAUUGAAAUCCUGGAGGUGUCCCCAGUGCCAAAGACAGCAGCCAGACCUAAAUCAGUGCACCAGAAGUAUCACUUCAUGGAUGUGUUCCCUAAAAUAACGUGCAAGUCUCCCAAAGAAGUGCUAGAAAUGGAGACACUUGAGAACCGUUCUGGGGAUGUGGGAAUGGACGAGGAGGAAUUUUGCAGUGAGGCUUUUCAGAGACCCUUCCAGUACCUGAAGAGGUUUGACCAGGGCCGUGACCUGGACACGUUCUGGUACAAGGCGCUCUCGGUGGAAGGCAGCCAUAAAGAAUGUCUGCAGCUCUUCCUUCUGCACUGCGGGGUCGUGGAUCCCUCCUGGGCAGAGCUCCGCAACUUCACCUGGUUCCUCAACAUUCAGUUGAGAGACUGUGAGGCUUCUGUCUUUUGCAACCCUGGCUGUGUUGGGGACAUUUUGAAUGGUUUCAAGAACUUUGUGGUUGGCUUUAUGAUUUUAAUGGCACGGGAUUUUGCAACACCCUCCCUGAGCAUUUCUGACCAGAGUUCAGGAAGACGAUCCUCCCACCUGGAGAAUGUCGCAGAGGAAGAUCUGUUUCCUUUCCGCAUCAGGAAGAAGUGGGAGUCAGAGCCUCAUCCCUAUCUGUUUUUCAAUGGGGAUCGUACAUCCAUGACAUUCAUUGGUUUCCACUUCCAUCGGACCAGAAAUCACAUUGAUGCCAUCAAUCCUCUGAAUGGGAAUGUCAUCAAGAAGAACAUCAUGACUGCCCAGCUGUACCAGGGCUUGUUACUGCAGGGGGUUCCCUUCAACGUGCCCUUCGAUCAGCUGACUCGCAAGGAGAAGCUCAAGAGGCUGUGCAUGGUGCUGGGGCUCCCCAGAGUGUUUGACCCCGACAAGACAUACGAGCUCACCACAGACAAUGUGCUGAAAAUCUUGGCCAUAGAGAUGCGAUUCCGCUGCAACAUCCCGGUGGUCAUCAUGGGAGAAACAGGCUGUGGGAAAACCAGACUGGUGAAGUUCCUGUGCCAGUUACGCAGAGGGUCUGCCAAGGUGAAGAACAUGAAGCUUGUCAAGGUUCAUGGAGGCACCACUGCAGAGAUGAUCUACGCCAGGAUCAGAGAAGCAGAAGCCCUGGCUAAAUCAAACAAGGAGCAGCACGGGUUGGACACCAUCCUCUUUUUCGACGAAGCCAACACGACAGAGGCCGUGGGCAGCAUCAAGGAGGUUCUGUGUGACCGCACGGUGCAGGGGCAGCCUUUGGCGUCUGGCUCUGGCCUGAGGAUCAUCGCAGCCUGCAAUCCCUACCGGAAGCACACGGACAGGAUGAUCAAACGCCUGGAGCUGGCUGGGCUGGGCUACCGGGUGAAGGCUGACAACACUCAGGAGAAGCUGGGAUCCAUCCCACUGAGACAGCUCGUGUACCGGGUGCAUGCUCUCCCGCCCAGCAUGAUCCCGCUGGUGUGGGACUUUGGGCAGCUCAACAACCGCAUGGAGAAGACAUACAUCCAGCAGAUCGUGCAGCGCAUGGCGGAGCAGCUGCCCAUGGCCAAGGAGGAGGUGAGGACAGUCACAGAGGUGCUCUUUGCCUCCCAGAAGUACAUGAGGCAGACAGACGAUGAGUGCAGCUUUGUCAGCCUGCGGGAUGUGGAGCGCUGCAUGGAGGUGUUCAAGUGGUUUUACAGGCACAGCCACGUUGACUUCCUCAGCACACACGUGGGUGCAGGGGCUGGGCCCCAGACCGCCUUCACUGAGGUCACCACCUUCUCACGGCUGCUCACCAGUGCUGACGCUGCCUGCCUGGAGAGAGAGGUGCAGGGCAAGGCCCAGAGGCCCCAGAUCCUGUUCCUGCAGCAGUUUGACACAGAGUACUCCUUCCUGAAGUGCAUCCGAGAUUUUCUGGAUUCCACUUCAGGAAAUAAAGUCCUCAUUGUUCAGACAGACUUUGAAGAUGGCUCUAAGGAUGCCCGGCUCAUCACCUCAGCCCGGUACACUGUUGUCAAUGAGAUCAACAAGGUGGACCUGGGGGAGGUCUCUGUCUUUGUUUACUUUAUCGUGAAGCUUUCCCGUCUGGAAGGAGGAACAUCCUACAUGGGAUUCCAUGGAGGGCUAUGGCAGUCGGUGCACAUUGACGACCUCCGCAGAUCCAAGGACAUGAUCUCUGACUUGACAGCCCUGCAGAACCUCACCAUCAGCCAGCUGUUCUCUCAGGAUCCAGAUGCAACCAGAGCUGCAGCUCUGCCUGCUAAUGGAGAAGCACAGCAGGAGGAGGUGGAGGUUGGAGCACCAGUGCCAGGAGCAGAGCACCAUGAGGGUGAGAUCCUGGACACCACAGUGCUGCUGAGGACCUGUGUGCAGAGUGCUGUGGGCAUGCUGCAGGACCAGAACGAGGACCUGAGCCGGAGCAGGAGGAGAAUUGAGAUUCUGCUUGGCCUUUUCUCCAAAGAGGAUGAGCUGAAAGCCUCUUUCCUGAAGAUAACCAAGGCUCGUCUCUCCAGCCUGUUGAAGAAGCAAGAAGAAAAUUCCCUUCACCCAAAAAACUGGGUGCUUCGGGAAGCUUCCAACCUCAGUGCUCUGGAAGAGGCAGGUUCCUUCAGGGACGCCCUGUGGAAGCGAGUGCAGAAGGUGGUCACUCCCUUCCUGGCUCUCCUGGUCGCUAUCAUAGACAGGAAUGGCAAUCUGGAGCUACUGGUCAGGUCAGGAGCAAACUGGGUGACAAAGCUGUGGAUGUUCAUGUUCAAUGACACCAAAUUCCUGAGUUCAGGGAAGAACAGCCCUCAGACAGAGAUAAUCGUGGUGCAGAACAACAUGAUGGUAUCUGCUGAUGCUGGGAAUGAGAUGCCCUUCAGCUGGAGGAUAAAGGAGUACCUGGAAGAGAUGUGGUUGGAGACUCAGUGCAUCCAAAACACUGAAGGCCAUGCUGAGAAGUUUGUGGAAUACUUCCAGAACACUGCCCUGGGAAAAUUCAUGUCUGCUCUGACUGGGGAAGAAAGGCGGUUGCUCUUUGAGUGCUACAUCAGAGACUUUGUUGUCUUGACCAUUGGUGUGUCCUCCCAGGAGCAGCUGCAGUGUCUGCGUGUGGCGUUCCUGUCUUGGGUUAAGGAGUGGAUGGCAGAGUCUCCCUGGACAAAGGAGCUGGUGCCCUCCCUGGCCUGGGCCCACCUGGCACACAACCAGUUCAAGAGCCACCUGCAGAACUUCUCCAGGAUCCUGGCAGUGUACCCCUGUGUGACUGGCUACCUCCUGACCCCGCAAGAAUGCAGAAUUCCAUGCUCUGAGAUGGAUCUGGACGUGCUGGCUGCCAUGGCGUGUGCUGAGGAGCUGAAGAAUCUGGUGCGGACAGCCUCCCCCGAGCUCUGGCUGCAGAGAGUGAAGAACCUCCAUACACCCAUUGAAUUCCUGUGCAGAGAGGAGGGUGCCCAGCAUAGGGGCAGCCACCGCCAUCGGCUGUUGAGGGAGCUCAGGGCCUGCUGGAGCUGUGUGUUUGCCAUGGCACUUUUCGUGGAGCACAUCCUGUUGGGCAUCCACUCCGUCAUGCCAGAAUUUGAGGAUUUAAUGAGAAAAUACACUUUGCUUCUUGCUGAGUGUUUCCAGCAAGAUUCAGACAUGAAGUCUUAUCCAACCUUUGCUUUGGUGCUGACAGUGCUGCGCAAAUGCAAGGAUGAGGUCAGCAGCAGGCUGUACAGGCAUGGUCUGGAGCUGUGUCCCAUCUGCCUGCAAGAGCCGAAGGACCCUGUCUGCCUGCCCUGCAACCACGUGUUCUGCCACAAGUGCAUCAGCCUGUGGCUGGUGCCAGCACAGAUGUACUGUCCCUACUGCAGGGUUGCUGUGGAGGAUGUGGAGUUAACUGUCUCUGAGGAGCUCAGAGCUGCCAUAGCAAAGAAGGCCCUGUUCCGGCAGAGGUGCAAUAAUUUUUUCAUUGACAUGGUCACCACCAUGUGCUUCAAGGACAACAAGCCCCCUGAGCCAGAGGUGAUCCAGAGCCUCCUGGAUCUGCUGUUUGCUCGCAGAGGAACAGUCUUGAAAGACCCAAAUCACCCUCACCCUGCUGUCUACACAAAAUUCCUGUCCCCUUUUAAUGAUGAGGUGGAUGAAACUCCCAUCAUCCGCUCUGUGAUGCUGAAGCUGCUCCUGAAGUACAGCUUCAGUGAAGUGAAAGAUGAUGUGCAGCGUUACCUGUCCCAGGUGGAGCACAGCAAGCUUCUAGAGAAAAAUGAUAAAAAAGAGCUCUACUUGCUGUUUGUCAACUGCUUGGAGGAUUCCAUGUGUGAGAAGUUAGAGGACAGCGUGGGAUGUGGGCAUGGAAACAGUCUGCCUGAGGACAGAGGCUUUCCAGAGAACUACCUGCCAGCCAGCAGCAGCGGGGCUCCCCAGGAAGCCUCUGUGGAAUACCUGCAGGCUGUGGCCGAGGUGCGCCUGUGCCUGAGCAGGGCUGCAGAGCUCAUCUUUGACCUGCAGCAGCACAAGGAGCCAGAGCAGAUGAAGGAGAAGCACCGUUACCUAAAGAACGUGGAGAAGUUCUGCAGCCUUGCCAGGAAUGACUGGCACUGUGUGUACCUGGUCAGGAGGAUUGCCAGCCAGCACGGGAUGGAAUUUGCUCAGAAGUUGGUCACAGAGCCACAGUUCAGCUGGGUGUUCCCAGCAGAAAUUCUGCAGCAGGUCCAGGAUGGCCAGUCCAACCACAUCGACCGGUACCUGGUGUGUGGGGAGCGGUCCCGGGCCCUGCGUGACGCCGUGGGACGAGCCAUGAUGGAGGGCACGGCCCAGGGGCUGCUCAAAGCCCAGGAGGCCUCCAGCAGCCCUCCAGCUCUGAAAUCUGCCCACCUGCUCCUCGCUAUCUUCCGAGAGGUCACUGUUCUGUAUGGGAAUCCAAGCCUUCGUCCCAAGAAGCAGCAAACAGAGGUGAUGACUGAAUUCAUCCAGCGCUCCCGAGUGCUGAAUUCCCUUGAGCUGCAGCUUCUUGCAGUUGCCCUGGUGAAGAACACCCUGCCUGGGCUGGCUGUGAAGCCGCAGGGCCGCAGCCAGCAGGGAGCCCUGGUGGAGAUGGCUGUGCACAUGGCUGCUGUGCUGCUCUGCGGGCACAGCCCUGUCCUGCAGCCCCUCAGGAACCUGGCCUUCAAGCCACACACCAUGCAGCACUCCUUUCUGCCCACGAUGCCCGAGGACAUCGUGGCUCAGGCAAGGACCUGGGAGGAAAUACGUGAUCUGCACUGGUAUGAAUGUGCCAAUGGCCACCCCUGCACUGUGGGAGAGUGUGGGCGCCCCAUGGAAAAGAGCCGCUGUCCCGAAUGCCACGUCCCCAUUGGAGGCAGAAACCACAAGCCCGUGGAGGGCUUCCGUCUGUCCAGGAAUCGUCCAGACAGAACUCAAACUGGCCACAUCCUUGCAGAUAUUGAGCACAGAAGGACACUGGGAAUAUCUGACAGGGGCAUGUCCUCCACGGUCUUUGUGCUGCUCCGUUUGCUCACUCACCUGUCCAUGCUGCUGGGAGCCUCCAGAGACCCUCAGUCGCUGGGAAGGAUGAUCAAGCCAACAGUGAAUGAUGUGAUGAGUUUCCUGAAGCAGCAUAUUCAGGAGGACUUGGCACAGCUGACCAGGAGUUUGGGGAAGAGUGUGGAUGACACUAUCAACAUACUGCACCUGGUGCUCAGCAGCUUCCUGCAGGCACCCCAGCAGCAGCAAGACCAUGGGCUGGUGCAGUUUGAGAUUCUGUCCACCAAGGAGGAGAGAAACAAUUGGGAAGAAAUUGUUGCAAACACAAUUAUUGUUCCUGAAUUGCAGGAUUUGGAUAAAAAGCUUCUGAAGUUAAACCGACGGAUACAAGAGGAUGAGAGAAUCUCUUCCAACCCCAUAGUGAAAAUAGUGUAUGGGGACCCAGCUGCAUUCCUGUCCCAGCUGCCAGGGGACAGCCACAUCCACCAUUCCAAGAUGUGGAGCUGCCGCAGGAGGGUUUCAGUGGAGAACCUGAGCCACGUUGUGCAGCAGAAGAAUGCCAAGGACACCGUCCCUCUCCUCUGGAAGUUCCUGCAGAAGGAAAGUGAGCUGAGGCUGGUGAAAUUCCUACCAGAGAUUCUGGCUCUGCAGAAAGACUUGGUGAGGCAAUUCCAGAACACAGCAGAGAUGAAAGACUGCUCCAUUGGGGAAUUCCUCAGGGAACCCCGCUCAGGUGUGAUGAGGGAGCUGUUAGAGAGGAGAGUGAAUGUGUUUCUGUCUGUCUGGAACAAACUGAGAAGCUCCCUGGACACCAAUGGGGAAAUCAAGCUGCCUGAAAGCUACUGUGAUGCUGAGCUGAGCCUGGACAACAAGCUGGAGGUGCUGCUGCCACGGCGGCAGGGGCUGGGGCUGUGCUCCACGGCGCUGGCCAGUUAUCUCAUCGGGCUGCACAACGACUUCAUAUACUCUGUCACCAGAGACACCAAGGAGGAUGACAGGUACCUGGUCAGCCCCUCAGAAGUGGCCGACCUGCACCUGAUCAGUUACGAGGUGGAGAGGGACCUGAUCCCUCUGAUCCUGUCCAAUUGCCAGUACAGCAUGGAGAAGGGAGGGGAGACCUUGCAGGACUUUGAUCUGGAGAGGAUCCAGCAGCAAGUGAUCAGCAAGUUCCUGCAGGGGAAGCCACUCAUCAUGCUAACGGGAAUCCCCACCCUGGUGUACAGACAUGACAGGAACUAUGAGCAGCUGUUCAGUGAUGUCAAGAACAAUCUGGAGCAGAGUGCUCUGCCCAGUUCUGUGAUGAAUAUAAUCACUGGGGAGCUGCAGUCCUACAGUGAUGUGUGUGAUGCACUGUCCCUCACUGAUACUACCCUGCGCUUCCUGGCCAUUACUGGUGAGAAUGCUGACAUGCUGCUGACUGAGUACCUUGAGCAAGUUCUGAAGAUGGGGGGGGAUCAGACAAACCCUCAGGUGCUGCAGGCCCUCAGACGGUGCCAGCUCAGGCACAGCAUAGCCCUGUGGCAGCUCCUGUGUUCCCACAAAUCUGAGCAGCUGCUACGCCUCGGCAGGGAUCCUUUUGCAGAUGUCAGUUCUGACUACAAAGAAGAGCUUACCCCAGAGCUUGUCAAGCUCCUGCACAUCUUCCUGGUCCACUCCAGGCUGGAAACCUUCCUGCAGGAGCUCCAUGAAAUGAUCGUUCUGAAGCUGAGAAGUGUCCAAGCUGUGGAGGAAUUCAAACCCACGUGGAGCCUGAAGGAAUCACUUGUGCCUUACCUUGAUGCCAAAGACUCUGAAUUAGCUGUGGAGCUGGAAGACACAUUCCCAGAUGAGAUUCUUCUGUCUCAUGCUGCUGGUACCUGGAAAGCAGCUGCUGUCUUCAAGAGGGAGCAUAGGGACAGUUAGGACAGAACCCUGCCAGAGAAUGCCACAACACCCCUGUCAGGGCUUCUGGAACUUGGGGCAUUUGUUUGGGGCUUGUUGGUUGUUCUUUGGGUUUGGGGCUGUUGUUUUUACACCUGAUGUGAAGAGGAGAGUAGCCAUGGAGGAGGAGUGUGUGAAUUUAUAAAAUCAGAGGGUUUUGGGAAAGCUGCAAAAGGCAGGCCUUGGAGACAGGAGACCUGUGAUUAGAGCUAAGCAGUAGCCAUAAAAUAAGUCAGCAGAAAAAUUACAUGAAAAGUAAGGACAAAUGGAACAAUGGUCUGUGUAUUAACGCUUGUCCAGAAGAACUCCCUAAGCUGCAGAAAAGUAUAUCUAGCAAACUGUUAGGAAGUUCUAAGCUUAAUAAUGGAGCUCUGUGCAUUAUGUUUUAAGGCUUACAAACAGGUAUUGUAUUCAAAAUAAGCAAGCAUUGUUUUAACCGAAGGGACGUGUGCUUAUAGUGAUUGGAUGGAACUACUGUCAACAUGCUUUUGCUUUGUGUGAUUGGUCAAAAAACUUAAAAAGUUGUAACCUUAAGUUCUUGGUCUGCUGCCUGGGAUGUGAGCUGAUGGCAUCUUCCCAUUGUCAUAACCAUGUAAUGAGACUGAUGCUGGACAAUAAAACGGCUCAAGGCACA